AUGAACAAUCCGUUUGGAAAUGUCGAUUUGGAUACCACCCACGACGAGCUCAUAGAAACGAUUAUUGAAGAGCCGACGGAUGAGCCGAGCGCAAGUCGGCGUAGCGUCGAAAAUGAACGGACCGACGAACAAACGCUGCGUGGCACAAAUGCGUCGGGGCAAACACGCGAUAUUCGCAUUCCUCGUCAACGACGGUUCGAGACUUUGCCAAUCAAAGAACCCGCGACCAAUUUCAAAGAAAGAGAAAAGCAAACCCACCUCAAGGGUCUUUCUGAUCUGAGUGGCCUCGAGCUGCACAAUUUCAAUCCGAGAGAACAGCUGGGUGUUUUUGGCGAAAAUGUGCCCAGCGCGGCUCUUCGACGAAAUCUUCGCGGCCGAGCUCCCUACAUUGUGGUCGAAACAGUGCGACGGUUUUCUAUUCGGGGGCCCCAGCCGUGCUUCAAGAAAACAAUGGUGGGACACAAGCGGCGAUUUGUCAAGGCAUGCCGACGUAACACCCAGCAAGCGAUUUCAAGCGUUGCGUCAAUGGCGACCCAUUACGCUGCGCCAUUUGUUGCUGGAAGUCGCCGAGCAGGAGGCAAGCGACGACGAAGCGGUGGCUCUCCUCAACACUCUCCCCCACGCAAAAAGUCCGUUCAGAAGCAUCUGAAGAAAGUGGGCGUUUUGAUGAAAGACGCGUUCAACGCCGCCCAAAACUUUGCAAAUAGUCCAAAAGCUAUUUGCCUUGGAGGGCAGAUCGGCGAUUACGAAGGUUACGUCUCGCUCAAGCACACUCCCUGCCAGCUUUCCUUUAAAAAGCCGCCCGCAUUCAAGGCGCCCAAGCUCAACUUCGAUGGCACCGUGACAUCUCGACGACGCGGUGGCGAGCGUGUCAAGGUUCCCGGCAGCGGAACUCUUAUGAAGGCCAAAAACAUCAUCGAGCUAGCUUUUGAGGCGUACAACAACAUUGUGCGCGUACAAUCCAACGGAAUGAUGGCGGCGAGAAAGCGAAGUGCGCCCCUCCUUUCAUCAGAUUCAGAGGCAGAGGGUGAUCUCCUCAUCGACGAGGCAGCCGCCGGAGAGGAAGUUGCUGGCACAACUGGCCAAGAUGAACCUGCCACGAAACCUGCUGGUAAAGCCUUAGUCGCAGCUAGCCGUACUUUGGAAGGUCUUAAGUCUGUAGAAAAGGACGCGGACGAGAGCGCGAAAAAGAAAAAAGCCAAGGAGGACAAAAUCGACGGCGGGGCAAAAGAAGUGCCAACUUCGAAAAAGAAGAAAAAGAAAAUCUCGGCUGGCGAAGAACCUCCAAAGAAAAAAACCAAGUCGGCAAAAGCUCUUAAGAAGCGGGCAAACGAGACGGAAGACAGUGAUGAAGAUCAGACCCCGUCAGCGCGUAAAAAGACCAAACGAGUUCGCCGAAAAAUCGUGCCCAAGUCGUACAUUACGCAAAUCGAGUGGCAACGAGAUAUCCAAGAUUUCACAAACGACAAAGCCGCUCAUAUCUCCGACAGCGUUUACACAAACCAUCCAGAUUCAGCCAAGACUGUCGUAGUCAAAUCUGGCGCUUCCACGGUUUUGCCUCGUAGCGACUUGCCCGAACCGAGCCUCAUCGUCGGAGCUGAUAGUGUUUUUCCGACAACGAUCCCCUUUGAUCCCGCUGUGGCUGCCUUUUUCGACCCCGAGAUGACAGAUAGCGAUACAGAUGAAGCCGCAAAAGCAGAGCGCCAUGCUCAAUACGAAAAACAUGCGGCUAUUUAUCCGAUGAAUGUUCUCAAAUUGCGCCAGGUUUACGCACGAUCUUACUGGACAAUGCGAGGAGUCGCCGCUUCGCUUUACGACACUCGCCUUGGAAUUUACGCCAGGAAUCUGGCAAAACGAUCCAAGCAACUGUUUAAAGACGAAACUCCCGAAUCGCGCUUUCGAGUUAUCUUUGAGAGCUCCUCCAAGCUAAUGUACGAUUCGUUUUACACAAAGCCAAUGUCUGCGUCAGCUCCAGUAAAAAAAUGGAAAGAAAUUGGGGCCCUUUUUCCUAUUUUCAACGUCAACGGCUUUGGCCACUUUGUCGCCGUUGAUUUCCGAGUCUGGGUCAAAUAUGAUAGCAAUUGGAAACUCUUGUCGCUGCACGACAUAAAUCUUGGUCAUCCUGCGGUCACCUUUGCAGGGCUAAACAAUGUUACAUCUACAGUGUAUCCUUGGCCGAAGGAGGGCGAUUACGCACUCGAAAAAAGUGCACUCUUGUUGACGAUGGGUCUAGUCCCAAUUCCACAUCGCCCGCCGUACGCUGAUGCUGCCGAUAAGCUCACAGCCGAGGUCUGCGAAAUGUUGGGCGUCUUUCGCCCAUUACCCCACGGAAUGGCUCACGAUCAGCGUGACACAAUAUAUUUGGAGCUCGAAAACAUGCUUUAUCGAAGCUUGAUUGUGUCUAAAGAAGAAACUCUCCGCGCCCGAAGCGAAACCGACGCGCAAUUCCCCAUCGAAGAGCGCUUUAAAACUCUGGUUGGGCUUCUUGAGACACAUUUUCGCCCUAGCGAUGGUGGCUACGCUCCAGCAAAGAGCAAGGAAACAGCGAGACCCACUGAAGAGGCGUUUAGAACGCUAUUUGAGGCUCUUCCGCCAGUUAUGAAACUCAAGGGGCUAGCACCUUCACGGGAGCUCUUUCGUCGCUUUCUACAAAGUUUGGCUAGCGUGCGAUUUACCGAAAAUCCAAGGCUUAUGCGCAUCUUUGGAGCGCCGACUAUUCCAGCUGAUAUCGUGUCCUGGCAGGGGUGGGCGGCGCUUCCCGUUGAAGCCCUGUUACCUGCACCCGGGGUGAACGGUGGCAAUCUCUUGCGCGAAGAGCUCGAAAAAAUGCUUGCCAAGAAGCGACGGAUCGACUAUGGAGCGGCUGAAGACAACCAAAUCCCUCGUUAUAAAGAUUCUGCUCCAUACCCGCGCCCUCCAAUUACAAAGCAUUAG